AUGCAGAAGAAGCGGCUGGCCGGCAAACACAUGGAAAAGGGAAAGAAAAGCAAUUACGAGCUGGCCAUGUGCUUUGCAGGGCCCGAGGCAAAUGGGCUGAAGACGCUGAGCGCUCAGGGCGCAUGCGACAGUAGCGCCGAGAAGAUGGAGGGCGCCCACGGUCAGGCGAAAAUGAAAAACCUGAAGAACGUAAUAAACCCGGAGGACCUAUACACCGAAAUUAUAUGCAGCGACAUCCGCUAUGGAACCCACAAAAGCGACUGCAACGGGGUGAUCUACGUGAAUGAGAAGCAGUACGAACGAAUAAUUAAGAGAAGGCUCCAGAAGAUAAAACAGGACAUCGAGAGGAAUAGGGAGAUACGGGCGUACGUGGCCAUACAGAGCAAAUCCUGCCUGAACGUGAGUCAGCCCUACGCCGACCAGCCCUACGCCGACCAGCCCUACGCCGACCAGCCCUACGUCGAUCAGUUUCGUGCCGACCAUUUUCUUGCCAAUCAGCUUCAUCCUGAGCAGCUUCAUGCAGAACAGCUUCGUGCAGAGCAGCUCCACCCCGAGCAGCUGCAUCCCAACCAGUUUAACACAUCCCUUUAUAACUACGACCUGAACUCGAAUGAGUCCUUCCUGAAGGGAAAAGGGGCCAGACAGAACGGGGUGUCAACAGGGCUGCUGAUCAGCGGAGGAGGGCCCACUGCCCUGUGCCCAAACGUCGGCUCCAACGGCAACUACCUGCCACUGUACGACAGCAUGAGGACAGUCGUGGACGUGAAGCCGGGAAAUACCUACGACAAAAGAAGCGCCGUCUACCUGAACCAGUACGCGCCGCCAUACUCCGCCGGCCUCAACCUGCUCGAAAAUCAGAACCAUCACAGCCAUCACAGCCAUCACAGCCAUCACAGCCAUCACAACCACCACAACGCGAUGAACAAUAUGGCCAACAUGGCGAACGCGGCAAAUAUGACCCACCUGACCAACGUCAGCAGCGCGUCCCACAGGACCAACCUGAACGCUCUGAACCAGGGGAGCCACGGGGAGGAUCUGCAGGGCGCCGCGGAAACCUACGCCGAGGCGAACGACGCCACUCAAAUGGGCAACUCCUCCAACGUGGCCAACCUGGCCAACUACUCCAGCAUGGCCGAUUUGGCCAACUUGUCGGAGCUAGCCAACAUGGCGGAGCUAGCCAACUUGAGCGAUUUCGCCAACGUGCCCGAGCUAGCCAACCUGAGCGACUUCGCCAACGUGCCCGAGCUAGCCAACCUGAGCGACUUCGCCAACAUGACUGACCUGGCCAACCUCAGCAACUUGGCCAACAUGACUGACCUGGCCAACCUCAGCGACUUCGCCAACGUGGGAAGCUUCCACAACGGGGGCGGUUUGGGCGGCGCGGAGAACUCGGCAAGUGCGCCAAACGGGGCAGGCGCGGCGAAUGGGGGCGACAUGGAGGAGAUGGAGGAGAUGCACAUGGGGGAGGUGCACCUGGGCGGAUUGGGCGGUGUGCACAGCGUGGGGCAGAUGGGGCACGGCGGUCAUAUGGGCCACCCCAACCAGGUGAACUACGCGAAUCAGGUGAGCCAAGCAAACCAUAUGGGUCACUCCAACCAGAUGGGCCACUCCAACCAGAUGGGCCACCCCAACCAGGUGGACCAUAUGCGCUACGCGAACCAAGUGGGCCACCCCAAUUACCCCAAUCAGGCGGUUCACAUGGACCACCAAAGCCGAGCAGCUCAUAUGGAUCAUCAAAAUAGAGCUCCUCACAUGGACCACCACAAUCGAGCCGCUCAUAUGGACCACCACAACCGGGCAGCCCAUCUGAACCACCACAACCGGGCAGCCCAUCUGAACCACCUGAGCCACGCGAACCAAAUGAACCACCUGAACCACAUGCGCCAGAUGAGCCAAAUGAGCCACUUGAAUCACAUGAACCACGUCAACCAGAUGAACCAAAUGAACGGCAUGAAUCACCUGAACAGUUCAGGCAAUUUGACCAACUUCUGCAAUGCCGUAACUGGAAACUUCCCCUAUGGCCCCUACGACGACUAG